AAACUAGAAAAUUCAUCAGAUAUACAGGUUAUCUUUGGAGCUAAGCAUGGGGUGCACGAUGAAGUGUUUAUGGGGAGGCCUGCUGGUGGCGGCGCUCCUGGUAACCGCUGAAAACCUGGUCGGGCCCGUCAAGCAGAACUACGCCAAAAUUCGUGUAUCCCGUUACCCGAAUACUUUCACCAGCGACUGUAUCAAGAUGGACGUCAAUGUGGAGUUUUCCAAGUACACCACGCGAAGGACGAACAAAACCUACACGCGGCAACUUGUCUCCGUCGACUACAUGACUUGCUUCCUGAAGGUGCGCGGGACCAACCUGGGCCAGCUCAAGUUUGCUGACUGCGCUGACGCUUCGGCAGCCCAAGGGUUCGCAUCGUUCAGCCUGCAGAGGGACUCGUGUUUCGCCAUGAACGGCACUCCGGCUGCCAUGUUCGUUGGUUGCAGCGGCAAUCUGGAAACAGUUUACGUCAACACAGGCGAAAAAUUUCUACCAGAAUUCCAUUUUGAGAACUUUACUGAGGACAGCGACGUGGCGGGGUUGACGGUGAAGUAUGAGGAUGUGGGCGAGUGUGCAGACUUGACGACAUACGAGCUGACUUUCCUGGACCAAACGGUAGCAGUGACACGAGCAACUGCCAACAGGAUAGCUUACGCCUUCACACAGUGCGUAGACGUGACAUUCACUCUGGUUCGCUACCUGGGCGGCUUGGAAAUUGAAAAUAGAUCUGUUACGCAAGACUUCGCUCCGAAAGGUACUUAUUUCGAUCAGUUUGUGUCAAUCUAA